AUGGUCUACAACCACGGAACCCCUUACGUGACUCCCCACAUUCUCCACAAGCACUACGCCCAGGCCCACGAUGCCGAGGUCUCGAAUCUCAUCGGCCGUGAUCUGGAGUACUUCUCCCAGGCCGGUUUCGAUAUGGAUCGCAUCCAGAUCAAGCGUAAUGCUCCCCCGGCGCUGCUUUACGAGGAUGCCAUUCGCAACGAGGGUGCCGUCGUUUCGUCUUCGGGCGCUCUCAUCAACUUCUCUGGCAAGAAGACCGGACGCAGCCCCAAGGACAAGCGUAUCGUCUACGAGGAGACCUCCAAGGAUGAGAUCUGGUGGGGCUCCGUCAAUAUCAAGAUGGACGAGCACACGUUCGAGAUCAACCGCGAACGCGCGAUUGACUAUCUCAACACGCGCGAAAACGUCUACGUCUUCGACGGCUAUGCGGGGUGGGACCCGAAGUACCGCAUUAAGGUCCGGGUAAUCUGCGCCCGGGCGUACCAUGCGCUCUUCAUGAACAACAUGCUUAUCCGCCCGACGGAAGAGGAGCUCGCGAACUUCGGCGAGCCCGACUUCAUCAUCUACAACGCGGGCCAGUUCCCGGCGAACCGUUUCACCAAGGGCAUGUCCUCGACCACGUCGGUCGAGAUCAACUUCAAGCGCAUGGAAAUGGUCAUCCUCGGGACGGAGUAUGCUGGUGAGAUGAAAAAGGGCGUCUUCUCUGUCAUGCACUACCUCCAGCCUGUCAAGUUUGGGCAGCUCUCUCUCCACUCCUCCGCGAAUGUCGGUCAGGACGGCGACGUCACCCUCUUCUUCGGUCUCUCCGGCACCGGCAAGACCACUCUUUCGGCUGACCCUCUUCGCAAGCUUAUUGGUGACGACGAGCAUGUCUGGUCCGACACCGGUGUCUUCAAUAUCGAGGGUGGUUGCUACGCCAAGUGCAUCAACUUGAGCGCGGAGAAGGAGCCCGAGAUCUUUGGCGCCAUCCGCUUUGGCUCGGUGCUCGAGAAUGUUGUCUACAACCCCAUCUCCCGCGUGCCCGACUACGACGACGCGAGCAUCACGGAGAACACCCGCUGCGCUUACCCCAUCGAGUUCAUCCCGAACGCGCAGAUCCCUUGCCAUGUCGCCUCGCAGCCCAAGAACAUUAUCAUGCUCACCUGCGACGCGUUCGGUGUGCUUCCACCUGUCUCGAAACUUACGCCCGAGCAGGCGAGCUACCACUUCCUUGCUGGUUACACCUCGAAGACGCCCGGUACCGAGGACGGUGUUCUCGAGCCCAUCCCCACCUUCUCCACCUGUUACUCCGCGCCUUUCAUCGUGCUUCACCCCGGCCGCUACGCCGAGAUGCUCGCCGAGCGUAUGGCGCAGCACAACGUCGACUGCUGGCUCAUCAACACCGGCUGGACAGGCGGCAAGUUCGGGACGGGCAAGCGCUGCCCACUCAAGUAUACGCGCAGAAUCGUCGACGCCGUGCACUCGGGCGAGCUCGCCAAGGCCGAGUACGAGACCUUCGGGGUCUUCAACCUCCAGGUCCCCACCAGCCUUGAGGGCGUCCCCCGCGAGCUCCUCAACCCGCGCAUUGCGUGGCCGAACAAGGAGGCGUUCGAUCGGGAGGUCCGCAAGCUCGCCGGUAUGUUCCAGAAGGCGUUCGCGCUCUACGAGAGCGACGUCGACGAGAAGGUCCGCCUCGCCGGCCCUCGGACUGCGUGA